UAUAACUUUGUAAUAAAUUAACGGUUUAUUAUUAAGUUUUAAGUGCAUGUAUCCAAAUUUCAGCAAAACGAUGAUGACGACGAUGCUGCUGCUGGUUAUGAUGGUGGUGGUCUUAUUCAUUUCAAUGUUUAGCUUAUGUCGUUUAUUGAACUAAAGUGCAUUCAAAUACAUUAGUACACUUAAGUUUUUGAGUAAAUUAAAACCAAAUUUUCGUGCAUGUCCCUUUGCACCCUUUUGUAUGUUUUUAUCAACAUAUGAUUAAUUUUAACAAUACCAUGAUAAUGUUAUUAAGAAAUUGGUAUCAUUCGCACAUGAAAAUGUUCAUUAUGUGUCAUGAUUUUAUCGUACUAGUUUAUUGCAGAUAAGUCAACUAUCCCGCCCAUUCUAAUUCAAUGACAAUAAACCUGUAGACAGACUGUACGUUAACGUCGUAAUCUAAUCGAUGCCGUCUUACUUACGUCGCAAUGUUUAGCAGAAUCAGCAGAGAUGUCAAUGGGUUUACAAUCGGUGGUGAAAUAUGGGAGGAGCAGUCGGCAUAUUUAGCGUCAACACCAUUAAUAAACACCAUGACACCUAGGCAUGAAAUGCACAAACUCAUGUACUGUAUGUGUCAGACUUACAAUAACAAUAAUGCAACUGACUGUGAUACUUACACUGAUUAAAUGAAACCGUGUCCACUUGGCGUUUCAGUGAUAUCUAGAAAGCUUGAUUUAACAGAACAGAAUAGAACGGAACGGAACGGAACAGAACAGAACAGAACAGAACAGAACAGAACAGAACAUUUAUUUAGUGUUUACUUGAGCAUAUACAGUUCAUCGUUGUUACAAUAACAUAGGCAUGGUAUGGCAGUAACAUUUAAAUGAGAGGGUGCAAUAUACUUAUCAAAAAUGUUUCCAAUCCUCGCAACCUUAUAAAGCCUUUGGAGAUACAAGCGUUUAGUAGAAAUGUUUCGUGUAAAAGGGUCGAACACUCUAUCAUUUAAUGCCUGCAAUGCCUGCAAUCCGUGGUCAAUGUUUUGCAAGGUAUGGUACGAAUGUAAUCAGCAGCGAUGAGGAUGAUAUAUGGAACUAUACAUCACAGAAACGAUUGUCACAGCCAAGAAAAGAUUCACGCAGAAAGAAAAAAGUUAAAACCGAAACAGUUAUUAAACAUGAAAAUGAUGGAAAACCAAAUCUCAAAGCAGUAACCAAACGACGGAAAAGCAAGCAGAAAUCAGGAGGCAGCAUAGCAAGCUCACACAAGUUAGAUGGCAACGUUGCAGCAAAAAUUAAAGCAGAGAGGACACCUAGUAGAAAGAGUUCGGACCAGGAUCGGUCAGGGCGGUGUCCAGUGUGCCAGAUGCCAUUCACAGCCCUUUCGCUGGUAGAGACACCCAGGUGGCACGUUGAUGAUUGUCAGCUCACAUUUCUCUCAACUGAAAAAAAUGAUAACAAUGCUGUGGAAUGUCCACAGGGGACAGAGUGUGGUUCUACUAUUGCAAGCCAUUACAAAAGAUUUAAACACACAGAGCUGGCCAGGUCUCUCCGUAAAAGCCAGUCCGAGGCUACCAGCUCAAGAGGAAAUGUUGAUUCCGCCAAGGUGAAACUAAACUUUGACAGUUGUAAUCAGCUGUUUUUACCAGGAGCGUCAGCUGAUUGUGCAAUCACUCUGGACAUGACCAGUCCACUAUCUAGUUCACAAAGGUCAGGUGAUAUGUUGAUAGAUGAUAACCAUAAUGGUCUCAUAGAAUCUGACCAGGACAUGUUUAAAGAGGGUUUAGAUGAAGAAGUCAAUGAUAAAGCCAUCAGUAAAUGCAAGAUGAGUGUUGUAGGUGAAGUGAUACACAAAUCAAACAAACCAGAUGCAAAGGGUGACAGUCUUUCUACUGGUAGUAUUUGUGCAAGCAGUCAAAACUGUCAAGAGUCCCAUGUGCCAAAAAAAAAUGCUGGAAAUAUAGAAAUGGAGAGUUAUGAAUCUUACAGCAUUAGCUCUCAAUCAGAUGAUGAAGGUUAUGAGGAAUUUGUUGAAGAAUCUGAAACAAAAGUUUCUGAGAAGGAAACAGGAGUUUCAGAGAAAAGCGUGUGCAAUAAGAACGAUAUAAUGAAGCAAAUGUUUGACAGUGAUAGCCAGUCUAAAGAUGCUGCUGAAAAUCGGCAUUUUAUUUUCAAUGAAAAUAAGGAAUUCAUUGCUUCCAAAUUGACUGACCAUGCAAAUACAAGUAACAGUUUAGAUAUAGAUGUAAAGCUGGAAGAUGCAGGUAGUGUUUCUAUUAAUUCCCAAAGCUUUAUCAGAAAAGUGCAGGUUGAUGAACUGAUUGUAGUAAGCAGUUGUGACAGCAUAGAUGACAUUAAUGAUCUUGAUGAAUCCAAAACACUUACCCAAAUGCUGCUAGAAUCAGAAGAUGAACAACAUGAUAUUGCCAAAGAACCUGUUAAGCAUUCAGAGGAAGAAAUACAGAAUUAUGAACCUAGCAGUGCUAUAAAGAGUCUAAGUGAGGACUCAGACAGUGACGAUUUGGACAUCUUAAAAAACACGCUAACUCAGUCAAGUUUUCUUUAUAGUAAGAUCCAACAAACUGAUGGACAGUCUUCAAAGAAGAGUAAAGGGAAAGAUGAUCCCAUUCCUUUAAGUUAUACUGUGACUGUCUCUGAAAGAGCUGCUGAUGAAGAAGCCAGAUGUGUUGAUGAAAUAAAUGUGGUGGAAAAUGCAAAUGGUUUUUCUGAAGAGAACGAUUAUUUAAAUGAAAAUGAUAAUCAGUAUAAUAAGAAGAGUGAAGAAAAUGAAUCUACAACAGAUUCUGAUAUUGGCUUUUUUGCAAAGAAAAUGUGUAAGCCUUUGCCAACAGAUAGUGAUACUAAUGAUGUUAAUGCAGUAAAACCUGAUGGGAUCAGUGCAAGCAAACAGUGUGAUCUUGGGGAAAGUACAAGUAACCAUACUGUGAUAGAUACUGACAUGUAUUCCAACAUUAAAUCCAAGUCUUCGAAGACAACUCAUAAGCCUAGAACUAAUAACAUUUGUACUAGAAAAGCUGAUGAAUCUGAAAAGAAAUCAAUUAGCAAAGCUAGUGCUGAAAAUGUGAAUAGAUCUCGAAAACGAAAAGGAGAAACAAAACAUUCUCGAACUGUUAAAACUGAAAAGAGGAGUAAGGUAAAAAGAAAGUUAGAUAAUCACAAUCAGAAAGACAUAUUGUCUUUUUUUAUGAAUGUUAAAAAGGAGGAUAUAACUAUAAUUUCGGAGAGCAGUAGUGGUGAAGAUACUGGAUUGUUUAAUGGUAAAACUAACUGUUGUAGUAAGUGUCUAAAUGACAGAAAAGGACCGGUGAUGAAAAAUAUUGACCAGGACAGCCCAUGUUCAUGCAGUCAAGAACUCCACCAAUCUGUGAUGGAUAAAUCAGUGUCAGGACAGGGUAACAAGGCAGUUGGUAUUACAAAUAAUGAUGAAUUAGACGAACACACAUUUAUUCCAUUGCGGUCUUCAUGUAAAACACCAACAGUUUUUACAGAUGACAGCUCAAUGUGUAGUGGCAACUCUUUGGAUAAACAGAAAAGAAGGCCUGAAAGUAGUCCUUCCAGGCAAAAUUCUAGGUCUCCAGCAUCCAAUUUGCAUGAAAUCAGUUGCUCAAGGCAAAGUUCUAAAUCUCCAGCAUCAACUUCACAUGAAAGUGGUCGCUCAACCCAAAGAUCUAAUUCUCCGGCAUUGCAUUGGCCGGAAAGUGCCAAUUCGAGGCAAAGUUCUAAAACUCCCGAGUUUGAAAUUGGAAACUUUUGUACUGUAUCACAAACUACUUACAGGAAAUUACAACUGAAUAGCACUUUAUCACAGAAUACAUUUGCCAGACUUGAUGGUGGUUUUAUACCAGACGAUAAUGAUGGUGAAAUAAAUGAUGAUGCUAUGACAGAAGUGAUUACCUCUGAUGAAAUUGCUGGGGACACUGCUGGUGAAUCAGAAUAUUCUUCAAGUGAGCAAAAUCCAAGUGCCUUACUGAACUACAUAACUGGGAAGGUUUCUGUAAUAACGAAAAAUGCGGCGGACAUUUUAAUGGCCAGCAGUAAAUUCCUGUAUGGUCAAGGAGCUAGUUCACAGUCAGCCCAGAAUGCAAAAACAGUUAACGAGGUUUUAAUGAAAACAGCUAGAAAGCUUCCAAAGUUGACUGUUGGACAAGACAAUGGCCAAAAACCUAGUGCUGGUUCCCGAAAAGGAUGGAAACAAAAGCAGGGGCAUGGCAAUUCUGAAUCUGGUGAUCAGCAUCGGAGAGUUCUUCAGUGUCCAUUCUAUAAGAAAAUACCUGGCACUAGUUUUACCGUGGAUGCGUUCAGGUAUGGGCUGGUGUCAGGCUGUCGGGUCUACUUUCUUUCCCAUUUCCAUUAUGAUCACUACGCUGGCCUGACAAAAAAGUUCACUGGGAAUAUCUAUUGUAGUAAGGUGACAGGUAACCUGGUUGCUAGGAAGCUGGGGGUGGACAGAAGGUAUAUCCAUACACUGGACAUGCAUGUUCCCACGGUGAUAGAGGGCACAGAGGUCACACUGCUGGAGGCCAACCAUUGCCCCGGUGCUGCUCUGAUACUCUUCAAAUUGAAGGAGAGAAAGGUGUACCUCCACACAGGGGAUUUCCGUGCCUGCAGGGAAAUGGAGAGCUACCCUGAAUUACAAAAUCUCCGCGUCAGUAGUCUCUACCUAGACACAACCUACUGCGAUCCUCAGUACUUGUUUCCACCGCAGAGUGACGUGAUACAGUUCACAGUGAAGCUUGCAAGGGAAGUAGUGCACCAAAAUCCCAAGACCCUGGUGGUUUGUGGAUCCUACACCAUCGGGAAGGAGAGAAUCUUUGUUGCAAUCGCCGAGGCUCUGGAUUGUCGUAUCUGUGUGACAUCUGACAAGAAGACUGUCCUGGACUGCCUAGAGGAUGUGGAGUUGUCCCGACGGAGCGUUGUAGGCUGGACCCAUUCAAGACUCCAUGUUUUACCCAUGAAUAAACUCAAAUAUCAGGGGUUGAAAGAUCACCUGAGGCAACAUGGCCGCUCAUACGAUAGGGUCCUUGCCUUUGAGCCUACAGGCUGGACGCACAGCAAGAAGAAGAUUGCCCUAGAAGACAUCAAACCAAAAUUCAACAAAGAUGGAAUAACUCUCUAUGGUGUACCAUACAGUGAACACAGCAGCUAUUUGGAGAUGAAGAGGUUUGUGCAGUAUGUGCGACCAGACAAGAUUCUGCCCACCGUCAAUAAUGGCAACGUGCACAGUCGGCGGAAUAUGGAGGUCAUCUUUCAAGCUUGGCGGGAAGAAAGUGUUGAUUUGUAGUGUGUGCAAGUUCGUUUUGGACAAAACACAUUAGCAAUGAUUAGGUGUAUGAAAGGGAGUCAGAUAAUCAAAAUAUAGUGAUUGACUUUUUUCACGCAGUUUCUCUACAUGAAGCAGUAUGUUCCUGACAAUUUUCUAAAGUGAGUUAGUGAAAAAAUAGAAUGAACUGCAGCUGUUAAAGACUGCACCUCAAUUAGCUCGUUUCAGGAUAAAAAAACAACGCCUGUAUGAUAUGGAAUUCUCUGGAAGGUGUGCUGUAUUUACACUAUUAAAUAUAAAAGAUGUUAUUGAUGUUCAUUCAAUAUAGAGUUAAUACGAAUUUGUAAAAGGAAUGUACUAUCUUAGUGUCGUUUCAGGAGUUUGGUCAAAGCCAAACUGUGAUGAUAACAUAUAAUUAUUGGUAAUUGAAGUUGUUUUCAUAAUAUGUUCAAGCUGAUAAUUGUAUUUAUAAAAGGGGAGGAUGAUUUAGCCAAAACAAUACCUUCAUUUUGCUAAAAACUGAUAAAUAAACCUCUAUAAAAGUGAGAUGAAUCAGCUGAAAAAUGAAUUAAUGAUAUUUAUUAAUUUUAUUGCAUAUGAACAAGUUUGCGUCACACAUUCAAAUGCAAAUAUUUCAGCAUAUAUAUAUUUACAAAAUGGUCGGGCCACAAGUUAUUACAACGCCCUCCAUGUUUUGUCAGACUAAUAUCAACAAAGAACUGGUAUAACAAAUUAUAAGUUAUCACUAUGAUAAACCUGUUUCGUUUAGAACAUUCUGGUGUAAACUAAGUACUGUGAAUUAAUUUGUAUUCGUGGGCUUGAAAUUUUGUGGUUUUUCAAAAAAAGACUAUUUCGUGGGUGGAGUACUUAAAUUUGUGUAUUCUCAAAAAGAUUUUUCAACCAAUAGGAAUUGUAACUAGCAUUUUGACCAGUCUGCAGAAAAAGUUGACUUAAAUAUGAGGGUAACAUAUUGUUUUUCUCCUUAUAAACCAAAAUUUUUAAUUGAGAACUUUCCCGCCAACUCCAUUCUGUUUAAUUUAAGCUGAAAAUUGAAUGUUUUGUAGAGAAGACAUGUUCAUUGUUUUAUAUUAUUUUCACAGACUAUGGUGUAUAGUUUCAAUGACUGUUUUCCAUAAUUGAUUAACAUGUAUUAUUUUGGAACGAAAUGGCAUUUGUAGUAACAAUGUUGCAUUUUUGGUAUUUAUGUGUUCUUUUGAUUUACAUUGUAAAAUAGUGGUUUGUAAGUUAAUCUUGUUGUUACUUUUACACCAUGCAGCAUACUAACAGUUAGUCAAGAUUAUCAUGUAAAAACAUGUUAUUUGCUCAAGUCAAGAACAGUAUUUUAUAUAAUCUCUCAUAAAAAGCUACAAAUGAUACAGUUUUAACACAACAAGAACAAGUUGUAAAAUGAAACUGGUAAAACAGGUGUUUAACUUACAUGUAUGAAAAGUUCUUUGCACCACAUGCAUAGAUUAGGUGUAUAUUUUUCUCCCGAACAGGUACUUUUUAUGAAAUAUACACUGUCUCUUAGGAUGAUGUGGCCCAAAUGUGAUGAGUUUCUAAGCAUCGCAGUCUAAUAGAUUUGAUUUGACUGGAGCAUUAUGAGUAAAGAAGAGUUUAAGAAACAGUGUGUUUCUUUUCAAGGUGAAAUAUUGGUUAUAACAAUGGUAUUUGUAAGUAAGCAUUCGCAGCUAUCAACAUUCUUAAGAACAGACAGCAAACUUAUGCCUUUGUUUGUUUUUAUACCCCAACAAACAAAGUUACACAAGGUAUAUUGGAGUUGCAACAAGUUAAGCCAAUAUGAUUUAUGCUUGUUAGCUGUCCAUUACUUGACAAAAGAUAUCAUUAUAUCAUUAGUAAAUGUGCUAGUAGACAAAACAUUUUUGUUGGAAUUGUUUUUAUCAAGCACAAAUGACAAUGUUACAUGAUGGUGCUACUGGUACAGUGUUCUACUGUUCUCAUGCUGUGUUAUGUUGUUAUACAAUGUUACAUUAGUAUAUGAAUCUGAAUAUUAGUUUUGAAGGAAGCAAAUGUUACAUUAGUAUAUGAAUCUGAAUAUUAGUUUUGAAGGAAGCAAAUGUUACAUUAGUAUAUGAAUCUGAAUAUUAGUUUUGAAGGAAGCAAAUGUUACAUUAGUAUAUGAAUCUGAAUAUUAGUUUUGAAGGAAGCAAAUGUUACAUUAGUAUAUGAAUCUGAAUAUUAGAUUUGAAGGAAGCAAAUGUUACAUUAGUAUAUGAAUCUGAAUAUUAGAUUUGAAGGAAGCAAAUGUUACAUUAGUAUAUGAAUCUGAAUAUUAGAUUUGAAGGAAGCAAAUGUUACAUUAGUAUAUGAAUCUGAAUAUUAGAUUUGAAGGAAGCAUGCAUGUUCAUUCCUUGAUAAUGUAUUGUACUUUAUAACUUACAUGUGCUUGUAUAUUAAGCAUGUAUCUUCAUAGAAUUUUUGUUCCUGGAGCGGUAUUCAUAAAACAUGUUAAGUCAUUACGUAACUUCAGUCAUUUUCUUAUGUUAAGUAUCUUACUUACCAUAUGAUAAAUUCACUUCAUAAAAUCUUAAAUACUUUAUUUUCAUCGAUUUGAUUAAAAAUACAUACCUUUAUGUAAAUAAACAUUUAUACUUUAAUUUUAAUUUGACUACAAAUUUUUCAUAAAUUGGCUUUAGUUAAGAAAUAACUUAAGAAGUUUAAUGAAUACCGCUCCAGGCUUAAGUGUAAAUGUAAAUGAAACAAAGUACAAAAACAUACAGUUAAAAUUAUCUCAGCAACAUGAGUAUUAUACAUAAUGAUAAUGUAUGUUUUGUUUACAUGUAUAUUCAUACUUUUAAAGUAUUUUAAAGAUAUUUGUACAUACCAUUUACACUAUAUGUUUUUUAACUCUACUGGCCAAAGGUAUAAAAAAAAUGCUAUUGUGUAAACAAUUGGUUGUGAACACGAUACAGUCUUCAUUUUUGAUUGUAUCUCGAUGAAACUUGUACAGUAUUUAGAUAUCCAUUAGAGCUCGGUUCCUUUCGGAAACCAGCCAGAUCAGCCCAUGCAUGCCUGGAUUAUGGGUCUUGAAAGUAUAAAAAAUGCUAUUUUAAGUUAAGUCUAUUUUUAGCCAAGUCUACAUGAGCGAAGUCUAUUUUUAGCCAAGUUUACACAAUUGCUUGUGAAGGUUUGUUCAAAUUAUGCCCCCCCCCCCCCCCCCACACCCACGAAGAUUGUCCCGCAAGGGACCAGUGCGGCAAAUGCAAACAACCUCUGCGACAUUGACGAAGGCCCAGGGAAGAGUUCUCUUAUCUUUGUAAGGGACUCCCCCCCCCCCCCCCCCUUGAAUUGGGAAAUGUUAAAAACCUUUUUGUCUGAAACCACUUUGCAAAUCCUUGCUAUUUUGAACAAGGCUUUAUUUUGUGGUCCACUACCAUGGUUGUUCAAAUUAUGCCCCUUGGGUCAAAUCUUGCACUGCCCUGGGUGUCACUAUUUUCCUAGAGACUUAUUUAAGAAAUGUUUUUAAAAUCUUCUUGUUUCACCCAUACCUUUGUUUUUUGUUGUGGAGCAUCAUAUGAUGCAAUUGAAAACAUUUGAAAUAAUGCCCCUUGGGCAAAAGCUGGCCCCACCCCUUUUGACUUACUUAUUAAUUUUUAAAGCUACAGUAAUGAAAUUUUGACCAUGUGAACAGUUUUGCAAACAAGCAUUAAUGUUGUCCUCGGAUGUCCUUGACUUUUACCUUUGAGCGACUUUUUAUUUUUAAAGCUACAGAAAUCAAAUUUUGACGAUGGGUACAGUUUUGAAAGCAAAUAUUUUUUACCCUCAGAUUACCUUUAUUUGUCACAUAUUAAAAUAGUUCAUGCGACUAAUCUGCUUACAACACCUCCUGUCCUCAGAUGUUUAACGUGCAGCGUUUUCAGCUAACCCUAUAUUUGUUGCCUAUUACUCAAACGUACAUGCUCUGGAUUGAAAAUGACCACAAGAGCCAUGCCAGUAGAGCAUAGGCCCUUUUGGGCCUCUUGUUUAGUUUGAAUAGUUGUUAGAGAAAGCUCUGCUUCUGCCAGCACAUGUGCUAAUCAUAACUAUCAUAACAUGCCAUAUUAAGGUGAAUAUCACAUCUAAGUCAUCCUUAUAAAUUUACAAGACAGAACAGUGUUAAUGAAUCUAUAGACAAAAACUAACAGCUCAGAAUGUUUAAAGUUAAGCGUUGUCCUCAAGACUGGAUACUCAAUGCCUUCUAUGGGGAAAUCUGUGGACAUCAUAGAUUAGAAAUUGAUGUGAUGAUACUGGUGGAAUAUAGCACCAUGUCAGUAUUUAAAUGCUAGACAGAUUUUCUCAUUCUUAUUUUAUCUCUGUAUUUAUACUACAGUUUUAGUUUCAAUUUCAUACUUGUCAUUUUAAUGGUGUAGGGUAUAUAUGUUUAUAAUGUAUAACAAUUUAUAUCAUGUAAUGAUAUUGAAUCUUGAAUAUUAAUGCCAGAUAUGUCAGUGGUAAAAAAUAACCCUGCACUGGUGAAAUACCAACUCAUAUACGGCUUGUUCAUACUCUGGAUAAUGUAAUCUGAGUUUCUGAGACUCGAGUUUCUGACUCAGGCUCAGAAAACUGAAUUCUUAAAAGUUUCAAAAUAUCUAUACCCUGUAAUAUUAAUAAUUUUGAUAAAAGAUGUGCGCCUGAUAAGAUGUGUGCCUGAUAAGAUGUGCGCCUGAUAAGAUGUGUGCCUGAUAAGAUGUGUGCCUGAUAAGAUGUGUGCCUGAUAAGAUGUGCGCCUGAUAAGAUGUGCGCCUGAUAAGAUGUGUGCCUGAUAAGAUGUGUGCCUGAUAAGAUGUGUGCCUGAUAAGAUGUGUGCCUGAUAAGAUGUGUGCCUGAUAAGAUGUGCGCCUGAUAAGAUGUGUGCCUGAUAAGAUGUGUGCCUGAUAAGAUGUGUGCCUGAUAAGAUGUGUGCCUGAUAAGAUGUGUGCCUGAUAAGAUGUGUGCCUGAUAAGAUGUGUGCCUGAUAAGAUGUGCGCCUGAUAAGAUGUGUGCCUGAUAAGAUGUGUGCCUGAUAAGAUGUGUGCCUGAUAAGAUGUGUGCCUGAUAAGAUGUGUGCCUGAUAAGAUGUGCGCCUGAUAAGAUGUGUGCCUGAUUGUAGAACAGGUUAUUUGUAAUAGAUACAGCACGUUUGACCAUUUUUGCUCUUGUUAUAGCAAUUUUACAACUAAAAUAAAAUUUUGCUUUUCUGAGCUUGAGUUCGAAACUGAAUACAGGCCCAAGGCUAGUUAAAGACUUUGAUGCCAGGCUUGUUUAUUCAAAAAUCUAAUUUUGAUGUCUGAUAUGUAAUGUAUGCUCAAGGCAUGAUAUUUUGUUGGGAAGGACUCAGGUGUUAAAACAGGUCUGAUUUUGUGUGAUCACAAAAAGCAUAAGCAAGGCAGAAGCAAUAUCAGGUUAAGCAUAUAAGGUUAACAUACUCCUAUAAUUUCAUGACACCUGUAUAGCAUUAUGUACUCCAGAGCUUGCGCCUUUGUGUGACAACAAAUAAACAUUUAAGAGGGCACUAAACCAGGCAGCAUAUUUUAUUGGUGGAAUUAUUGUUUCCAAUUAUAUGGCGGAGUUGCCUUUAUAAAUAUCACAAUACCCCAUAAAAGUGUGUUCAAGUUUUUUUAAGAAAUUUAUACAUGUAUAUAUAUAUAUAUAUUUAUAUUUGCAUUUUCACAUUUGAUUAUAUAUGUAUACUUAUUUUGUGUGUAACACUUGAACAUUGAUGGAUACAGUAGAGAGUUAGGCAGCAUAUAUUUAUUUGUGGAAACUAUAUUGUGGUUUAUGCAAAAUGUACAGCAACCCUUUACGGUUAUGUUGCUAUGGCCAGAACAAACUGACAUUUUUUCAUAUCAACCGACAUUUUUUUCAGAUAAUUCUGAAUAAAACCGCUUUUGUUUUUUCAAAAUAUAUGAGUAAAAGAAUCACAAUUUUGCUUCAUAUAAUGCUAAAAUGUCAUUUUGUUUCUCUAAUGAUUUUGGGAUUACAUCAAUUAUUAAAAAUCAUACUUUAUUAAGGGCUCUUCCUUAAAUUUCUCGAGACUGGGAAAGUAUUUAAGAUCUUCAUUCUAAAUACAAUUUGUAAUAAAUAUAUCGGAAAAUCUAAUUUCUAUCUUGUCUUCAAUCCAUUUUUAACAAGUUCAUCGAUCAAAAAAUGAAAUGAAGUCACCCUAUCACAUAAUAUGGCAUUAUAAAAACAUUAUGCAACCACACAAGUGUUUUUAGAAUUGUUUGCAUUUUCUCUGUGUUAUCAUUUACUUGUUCUUGUUGAUAAAAAGGAAAUUUAUUUGCACAAAUAAAACUGUA